UGCGACAGCCGACAUCCCCAUGUAGUAUAUAAACGUGUUUUCGUUGCUCUGAAACUCUUUUACCAACCUCUUUGUCCGGCUGCUAAACGUGAAAGUCCGACCACUCCUUCGUCUGAUAUUCUUGCGGUUUUCACAGGUGUUCUGUGCUUUCACUGCCGGGGGUAUGAACGCUUUGGUGGGGGUAAACGUUCGGCCACCAGAGAGCAUCCAAUGUAGAUGCAGGUACAGUGCUCUAAUGCAGGAAGGGUUUUUAGAUGCAGGUUCCAUAGAAGACCAUACGUUCAGAAAAUGGCGCCGGGUCAGCUGCUUAUGGCUUGGAUGCACUGACCGCACCCUACGAACACCGGUGUUUUGCUUGAAUAUGAGGUAAACUGGUAGGUGUUCCGUGAUGAGGUGAACCGCAAAUCUGCAAGAUGACUGCUGAUCACGCCUCUGUGCUGGCACUCUUCUGCGGUUUACCAGCCAGUGGGAAAACUACCCUGGUGCAGCAAAUCAGUUCUUUAUUGGAAAGUCGUGAAGCGCGUGGUGUCCCUUGGUACCCGUGUGUCAUUCGCUAUGACGAACUCGUGAGCACGGAUGCACAAGCUGUAAUGGCACAGAGCAAAGGCCUUACUAAGGAAUCCCGUCAGCGCUUGCUUGAAGCAUCCGACUACUACAUUGGAUGGCUUUGUGGGGAGGACUGUCAACCAAGCCCUAUGUGUACUGACCCUCUAAUGGAAAUGCUUGUUCGCCUAAAGGCUACAAGAAGAGGACAGAAGCCUGACGGGAAACCUUUAAUCAUGGUUGAUGACAAUCUGUACUACCGCAGCAUGCGAGCUGCAUGGUUCAAACUGGCCCGCAAGUACUCUUUGGGCUUCUGCCAGGUAUUUCUGCUGUGCUCUGCCGAACAGGCUAUCCAAAGGAAUGCCACUCGGCUAUUACCUGUGCCUGAACUGACGAUUGAGACCAUGGUGCAAAAAUUCGAGCUGGCCCGUGACGAGCCUUGGGAACAGCUCUCUGUAGCUGUUGAUGGAGGGCCAGGCAGCAUGGAAAAGGUAAUGGCCCUUCUGGACACUGCAUCAAAACAACCGUGGUCUCCCAUGGAUAUUGUGGAUAGCAUUACUGAGCCAGCACCUCCUGGUCAAAUUCACAUCUGGGACCUUGAGCUUCGUGCCCUUGUGUCCAAGCUCAUCAGGCAAGCGCAAGAAGAAAAGUCAACCAAGUCAGAGCUUCAGGCCUGGUGUCUUAUGGUGCAGAAGGCUCGCCAGAAUGUUUUAGCUUACUUAAGAACUCUGGAUUUUUGCAAUCAGAAGGAGGAGGUGGACUUGGAACGGCUCAUGCAGGAGCACCUUGACUGCAGUGCUUCAGGUGCAAGCUGACUAUUUAAUGCAUUUCAUUCUUUUUUUUUUUUCGUGGGCACCUGUGUCGGGUGGAGCAGAUGGGCACAAUGGGGCAAAUAAAUCAGAUGAUUGUGUGUUCGAGGGAUGCUCCAAUAAAACCAAAUUGCAUUGUAGUGGUAAAUUUUUCUGUGGGAAACUGUUUAUUUUGGCAUCGUAGGUUCAUUAGCACACAAAAUGAUGGGUGGGGUUACAUUUUUUUUAUUUUAGCGUCGUAAGUCUAACGUCACGGAUUUCUCAUCAGCUAUUUUUGUAUUUACCUUGUUGCUUCAAUAAAAGUUUACAAAACAUGCCAUGUGCCGUACUUCUGGCACCUUUAAAA